AUGGAGACAGUUUUACUGAUUCUGCUUGGACUGCACACUGUGAUGGGAAUGGGACACUGGUGUGAGCAUACUGUGCAGGAGAGAGUGGAGCAAGUCCUGUCCCCUCGUCUGCAGCUUGAAGUGAGCUGCUCUGAGGUCUAUCAGUACAACACUGAUGGCUGGAGGCUGGAUGUGGACAGGAUGCGUGUAAAGCAUGGCGGUGAUGAUGGCAUUGCACUGUACUACAAACAACAAGGGCCCAAAGCUUCCUGUUUCAUGUACAAACCCCCAGAGAUGGAGAGGCAGAUGAUUAACAAGACUGUGCGGGCGUGUUGUGAAGGCUGGGGUGGGCCACGUUGCUCUGAAGGCGUGGGUGUAAGAGGUCAGUGUUACUCCACCUGGAGUUGUGAGGAGUUCCCAGGAGUUCAUAACUCCUCCCUGAUGCCAAUGGAGCAGUGCUGCAGCAGCCUGUGGGGCCUGAGUUGGAAGAACGCCUCAGAUCAGACCUGCUUGUCUUGCACCUACACUCUCCUUCCUGACUCCCAGAUGUCCCCACUGGUGCGUGGCGGUCUGCUGGGCAGCGUCAGGUUGCCUCAAAGCUCGGCCACAUGCAUGUCCUGGGGUGGAGCCCACUACCGCACUUUUGACAGGAAGCACUUCCACUUCCAGGGUACCUGCACUUACCUGCUGGCCUCAUCUACUGAUGGCACCUGGGCCGUCUACAUCAGUACAGUGUGUGAUGGGAGAAGAGGCUGCAGUAAGGCCUUGAGGAUGAUGUUGGGUCUAGAUUUGGUCACCAUUCGUCACAAGAACUUAACACUGAACAACCUGCCUGUCCCAAACGGACAGCCAAUCUUCCAAAAUGGAGUGAGUGUCCAUUGGCUCGGGGACUUUGUGUUUGUGGAGAGCGGCCUGGGAGUGAGAGUGAAGUUUGACCUGACCAACACGAUCUACUUGACAGUGACGGCUGAGCACCAGGCUGCCACCAGGGGGCUCUGUGGAGUCUACAACAAUAAUGCCGAUGAUGACUUCACUACAUUAAGUGGAUCUGUGUCCCAGUACGCCGCCAGCUUUGGAAACUCGUGGAAAGUUCCUGACCAGCAGAAUGAAGGCUGCAGUGAUGCGGCUGAGCUUGGUCACAGCUGUGAUGUCUCCGAAGACCCUGGCCUACGCAGGCAUGCUGAAUCAGUGUGCCACCGACUGCUGGAGGAGCCCUUCACCCACUGUCAUCUCCGGGUGGACCCAGCUUCCUACAUAGACACCUGUCUGUACUUGUACUGCAGCUUGCUGUCUAAAGAGAGAGACGCCGCAGUGUGUGACACCCUGGCCAGUUAUGCCCGAGAGUGUGCCCAGCAACACGUCAUCAUAGUGUGGAGGACAGCCACUCUAUGUGGUCGUGUCUGUCCCAGAGGGCAGGUGUUUUCAGACUGUUUGUCCUCCUGUCCCCCCAGCUGUGCUUCUCCCCAGCAGCAUGCAUCUGCAGCAGCCGUGGAACAGUGCAGAGAGGAGUGUGUGGGGGGCUGUGAGUGUCCCCCAGGUCUCUACCUUCACCAGGGUACGUGUCUUAAAAGAGACGACUGUCCUUGUUUCCAUCGCAGACGCACCUACAAAUCAGGGGACAGGAUACAGCAGAGAUGCAACACCUGUGUGUGCAAAGCAGGCCAAUGGCAGUGUACUGGGGAGAAGUGUGCAGCCCUGUGCAGCUUGAUGGGGGCACUACAGGUGACCACCUUUGACAAAAAGAGGUAUUUACUACAGGGAGGAGACUGUCCGUUCACUGCUGUGGAGGAUUUUGUUGACAGAAAGCUGGUGGUGACAGUGCGCAGUGGGGAGUGUACAGCAGGAGGAGGUGGAGGAGGAGGAGGAGGAGGAGGCCCAGGUUGUCUAAGAGAGAUGUCAGUCACAGCACUCCGCACCACAAUAUCAAUCACAGACACUGGUACAGUGACGUUAAAUGGACAGCGGGAGUCAUUGCCUGUGGUUACGGGGGACCUGGUUGUCCGUAAGGCCUCCUCAUCAUUUCUCCUCAUCCAAACUUUUGGAGCCCAGCUGCUCUGGCACCUUGAUGGACCACUGGUUCUCAUCACCCUGCAACCUGGAUUUGCAAAUAAGGUGCGCGGUCUGUGUGGAACGCUAACCUGGAACCAGCUUGAUGACUUCACCACACCAGAGGGAGAUGUGGAGAACAGUGUUUCAUCCUUCGCAGGCAAAUUCAAAACAGAGCGCUGCACUCUGCCUAAGGGAGCUCCAUCUGAUCCCUGUACCACCUACACCCAAAGGAGGGACUAUGCAGAGACUGUGUGCUCCAUCAUACACAGUUCUGUCUUUCAGGGAUGUCAUGACGUUGUGGAGAGGGAGCCUUAUUAUCGUCUUUGUCUAUCAGAGGUUUGCGGCUGUAAUCCACAGAGGACCUGUCAUUGCAACAUCCUCACUGCUUACGCCCGACACUGUGCUCAGGAGGGCAUCACAGUACACUGGCGCAAUCAGACCUUCUGCCCGGUCCAGUGUUCAGGUGGUCAGGUCUACCAGGAGUGUGGCCGUGCCUGUGGGGGCUCCUGUUCAGAUGUUUGGAGCUGUGAUGACAGCAGGGGUGAAGUGGGUCUGAGGACGUGUAUUCCAGGUUGCCAGUGCCCUUCAGGACUGGUGCAGGACCACCAGGGACAGUGUGUGCCCAUCAGAAUGUGCCCCUGUGUGCAAGGGGACAAGACAUACCAGUCUGGUGCCGAAAUCAAGAACAACUGUAACACCUGUGUGUGUGAACAGGGACAGUUUAACUGCACUAAGGAGCGCUGUGAAGAGUUCAACAGGUGUCCAGGCUCUCUGGUUUACUCCCCACGCUCCUGCCUCCUUACCUGCUCCAGCCUGGACCCUCCAGGCCAACAGCAGGGGUCCAGUGUUUCACAGUCCAGCUGCAGAGAGCCCCUGUCUGGCUGUGUCUGUCCCCAGGGAACUGUGCUUCUAGGUGACAACUGUGUUUUGCCUGAUGAAUGUCCAUGCCACCAUAAUGGCCGUCUGUACUACACCAACGACACCAUCACUAAGGACUGCAACACAUGCGUGUGUAAGGAGCGCCGCUGGCACUGCAGCCAGUCUCCCUGUGCUGGUGUGUGUUUGGCAACUGGUGACCCACACUAUGUGACAUUUGAUGGACGCUGCUAUUCUUUCCUGGGAGACUGCCAGUACGUACUGUCAAGGGAGACAAAUGGUUUGUUCAGUGUCACAGCAGAAAAUGUCCCCUGUGGGAGCACUGGGGUCACCUGCACAAAGUCAGUCACCCUCAGCCUGGGAAAUACAGUCAUCCACCUGCUUAGAGGUAAAGCUGUCACAGUAAAUGGGAUGCCGGUUAGUCUACCAAAGUCUUACAGUGGCAGUGGUCUGACACUGGAGAGAGUUGGACUGUUUGUCUCCUUAUCAUCCCGACUGGGGGUCACUCUUCUGUGGGAUGGAGGUAUGCGUGUGUACGUGCGUCUGGCUGCCCACCUGCGGGGUCGGGUCGGGGGCCUGUGCGGUAACUUUGAUGGGGACACAGAGAAUGAUUUCACCACACGUCAGGGCAUCGUGGAGUCUACACCAGAGCUGUUUGGCAACUCCUGGAAGGUCAGCCCUGCCUGCCCUGACGUGGCAAACCAGGAUCUACGGGACCCUUGUGCACUGAACCCACACAGAGUCACCUGGGCCAGGAAAAAGUGUGCUGUUCUAACUCAGGAGCUCUUCUCAAGGUGCCACUCUGAGGUGCCUUUCCAGCAGUACUACGACUGGUGUGUCUUUGAUGCUUGUGGCUGUGACUCAGGUGGAGACUGUGAGUGUCUCUGUACAGCCAUCGCUGCCUACGCUGAGGAGUGCAACCGGCGAGGGGUCUACAUCCGCUGGAGGUCCCAGGAGCUCUGUCCUAUGCAGUGUGAGAAUGGGCUGGUCUAUGAUCCCUGCGGUCCAGCUUGCUCCCCCUUAUGUCCAAGUGUUCAGAAAAGUCCGCAUUCCCAGUGUGGAGCUCUCUCUUGUGUGGAGGGCUGCUUCUGCCCAGCUGGCAUGGUCCGACAUGGUGACAGUUGUGUUGUCCCCACUGAGUGUCCAUGUGAGUGGGAUAGCUCCAUGUUUCCUGCUGGAUCAGUCAUCACUCAGCAUUGCCAGAACUGUUCCUGUGAAGAUGGUUUGUGGCAGUGUCAGGGUGUGGCCUGCCCUCCUCCCUCCCCGUUCUGUCAGGAAUCCGAGUUCACCUGUGCUGGAGGGCGCUGCAUCCCCUCUCAGUGGGUGUGUGACAAUGAAGAUGACUGUGGUGAUGGAUCAGAUGAAGUCUGCCCGUCCACCUGCUCUCCAGAUCAGUUCCGCUGCAGCAGCAUGCCAAGUGGCCCAUGUUUGAACCUGGCUCUGCGUUGUGACGGCCACCCAGACUGUGCUGACCAAUCAGAUGAGGAGUUCUGUGGACCUGUCACCCCUGUGCCACUGUGCCCACCAGGGGAGUUUCAGUGUGCGAGUGGGAAGUGCCUGCCAUCCAGCCGUGUGUGUGACGGACGGCUCGACUGUGGUUUCGCUGAUGGUUCUGAUGAGCAAAACUGUGGUGUGGUGUGUGAUGAAGGAGAAUUCAUGUGUGCUGGAGGACGGUGCAUUCUGUAUCUCCAUCGCUGUGAUGGACACGAUGACUGUGGGGACCUGAGUGAUGAGAGGGGGUGUUUAUGUUCAAAAGGAGAGUUUCAGUGCCCUGGGGGUCAGUGUGUUCCUGCAGAUAAAGUGUGUGAUGGACACAGAGACUGCAUCUCUGGAACUGAUGAGGCUGUCUGUCCAAGUAAAGUCACCUGUGCUCCUGACCAGCUUGCCUGCAGUGACGGUACAUGUGUUGAUAACACAAAGCUGUGUGAUGGAAAAAGGGACUGUCGAAGUGGAGAGGAUGAGAACACAACCAACUGCUACACUGUUGUUUUUACACCAUCAACCUCAGCGGUUACUCCGACUCCACCCACUUCAGUUUGUAGGUCCUACGAGUUCAGCUGUGCCACUGGAGGGCAGUGUGUGCCUCAGGCCUGGCGUUGUGAUGGGGAAACAGAUUGCUUGGAUGGUAGCGAUGAGCAGGAGUGUAGAGCCCCUUGUGGCCCUGGCCAAGUACCGUGCCAAAGUGGGGACCAGUGUGUGGACUACCAGCAGCUCUGUGAUGGGAUUCCACAGUGCAGGGAUGCAUCAGACGAGAGUGUAGACAACUGUGGCUCUAUUCGGAUCCCUCCAUGUCCGGGCAGCUUUUCAUGUGACAACCGGACCUGUGUGAACAUGACACAAGUGUGCAAUGGCGUCCCAGACUGUCCACGAGGCGACGAUGAGUUGGUGUGUGACAAAACAGUAUCACCAGUGCCCCCUGGUAGAAGGAACACCACUGUCACCUGCCCUGAAUUUACCUGCAUGGAUGGAUCUUGUGUUCCUUUCAACAUGGUGUGUAAUGGUGUAGCAGACUGCCCAGACUCCUCAUUUACUCCGCUAGGAGUCCCUGCUGAUGAGCAGGGCUGUAGGACCUGGAGCUCCUGGGGUCCAUGGAGCCCCUGCAGCACCUCCUGUGGGACUGGGUCCAUGAGCAGACACCGAACCUGCCCCAAAGGCGACCCACUUCGCCACUGUCACGGACAGGACCACCAGAGGCAGCAAUGCUUUAACACCACCUGCCCUGUUGAUGGUCAGUGGAUGCCUUGGGUUACCUGGUCUAACUGUUCCAGUGGUUGUGGUGGAGUACAAGUCAGACACAGAGGCUGCAUCGCUCCUCGCUAUGGAGGCCGUGGCUGUUCCCAGCUCCCUGGAUCAUCCAACCUAACUAUGGAAAUUAAGCCGUGUCCUGAUUCUGGAUGUGCCAACACUAGCUGUCCUUCAGGGCUGGUGAGAUACAGCUGUGCUCCCUGUCCUGUUUCCUGUGCUCACAUCAGCAGUGGGACGACCUGUAAUUCAACAGCACCCUGCUCCUCAGGUUGUUGGUGCGCUGAGGGUCGCGUGAUGAACCACCUGCAGCAGUGUGUGUUACCAGAGGAGUGUGUCUGUGAGGUGGCAGGUGUGCGAUACUGGCCGGGUCAGCAGAUGAAGGUGGACUGUGAGAUUUGUGUUUGUGAGAGAGGAAGGCCUCAGAGAUGUCAGCCUAACCCAGACUGUUCAGUAAAUUGUGGCUGGUCAUCCUGGACUGAGUGGGGAGAGUGUUUGGGGCCCUGUGGUGUUCAGAGUGUCCAGUGGUCUUUCCGCAGCCCAAACAACCCCGUCCAGCAUGGAGAUGGGAGAGCAUGCAGAGGAAUUUACAGGAAAGCCCGCAGGUGCCAGACUGACCCCUGUGAUGAGUGUGAGUACCAGGGUCAGUCCCACGCUGUGGGAGACAGAUGGAGUUCAGACCAGUGCCUUUUAUGUCACUGCGGGCCAAACCUUACAGUGCAGUGUUCUCCAUACUGUCCAUAUGCUGUCAGUGGAUGCCCACAGGGCCAAGUUUUGGUGCCUGGAGAAGGAGACAGAUGCUGUUACUGUGAAGAAAAUGACACCAUUGUUGUGACAAUCAGCCCUGAUACUGUGACCUCCACACCAGCAGGGGUCACUACACCUCUCGUUCCCACUUAUCCACUUCCUCCUGGAGAUGAGUGUUGGUCUCCUCUGGGUGUUCAGUCUCUCCCAGCUUCCAGUUUUAGUGCCUCCUCACAGCAGGCAGGUCACCCUCCUGAGGCGGGGCGCCUUCACAGUUGGGACCAACACAGUGACCUCCAGGGCUGGAGUCCAGAACCUGAAGAGUAUAAGGACCUUCCACAGCGGAGCCCAGAAGGACAUGCUGGCAAAUCACAGAGCCCCUACCUGCAGAUAGACCUGCUACAGCCAUACAACAUCACUGGUGUGCUUACCCAGGGUGGAGGGGUGUUUGGCACGUUUGUGACCAGUUUUUACCUCCAGUUCAGCAGCGAUGGCAGACAGUGGUACACCUACAAAGAGCUGGUGACUGAUGCCCGACCGAGAGCAAAGGUUUUUAAUGGUAACCACGAUGAUCGAGGUGUGGCAGAAAUCCGACUGGACAGGAUGGUGUCGGCUCAGUUCGUCCGUCUCCUGCCACAUGACUUCCAGAACGGCAUCUACCUUCGACUUGAGAUCAUGGGCUGUGGGGAUGUCUCCCCAGUCGGUGGCUGCAGAGAGAAAGAGUUCCAAUGCAGAAAUGGUCGCUGUGUGCCAGCAGGUCCACUUGGCGUGGUCUGUAAUGGCGUCAAUGACUGUGGGGAUGGAUCAGAUGAGAUGCAUUGUGGCACUCAACCUUCCCCUACAACCACCAGUCCUCGCAGCUGCCCUGCUGGUCAGUUCUCCUGUCCUCCACCAGGGGGCUGCAUUGAGAAAGGCAAGCGCUGUGAUGGGAUACCCCAUUGUCCCAAAGGAGAGGAUGAAGCAGGCUGCUAUCACCAUGACAAUUUCACUACUCAGUCAGACAGACCAUACACUUCCACCCCUGCACCUCUCAGGACUCCAUCCAUGGCUGCCAUCACUCAUCCUGCAGUUUCACCCACGGAUGGUGGCCCAGGAUAUCGUGGAAUCUGCUCAUCUCCCCUUGGACUGGAGGAUGGGAGGAUACGAUAUGGACAGCUUACCUCGUCCUCAUAUCGGGAGAACAACCCUGCCGACGCUGGUCGACUGAACAUCGUCCCUAAUGUUCAGAUCAUGGAGCCAGGAUGGAGCCCUUUACCCACAGACCCUCAGCCAUUUUUUCAAGUGGACUUCCUGGAGCCCACAUGGGUAUCAGGGGUGGUGACACAAGGCAGUGAACGAAUGUGGGGUUACAUCACAAAAUACCACCUCUCCUUCGCCCUGCACAAAGGCCACUUCACGGACUACAGUGAGGACGGAAAGCCACAUGGUCCUGCUAAGGUAUUUGAGGUGCGAAUGGUCGGCAGGACCCCCGUGACUCGCUGGCUUGGUCAUCUGGUCAGAGCUCGCUACCUGCGUAUCAUCCCUGUGGAGUUUAGACACACUUUCUACCUGCGUGCAGAGAUCCUCGGCUGCAGAGGAGAUGAGCUGGUGACACCCAGCACUGUGACAAAGUCGCCCUCUGGUGGUGAUGGAGUAACUGUGCAUCGCUGUAAGCCUGGUCAGUUUGCAUGUCAGCACAGUGAAGACUGCGUGUCUGUCUCUGUGCUGUGUGAUGGUCGACCAGACUGCAAAGACCACUCUGAUGAGAUCAGCUGUGGUACGGCUCCGACCAGAGGCUCUCCAGGGCUGAACAACCAGACCAGCUCUACAGGGAGGCCAGGUUUCCAUGCUGACAGUACGACAGGCCCCCCAGGUCUUUAUACUACCAGGUCCCCAGGUGGGCGUCCUGGUGUGGCUAGCGAGGGGGCCACAGGGGAACCUGGAUUCCAGAGGACUUCCACCUCAAGUGAAGGGGUCACCACAGGUCAACCAGGACUGCAUCUCACCACAAGCCCCACUUCUGGAAGACCUGGGCUGCAAACCACAAAAUCCCCAUGGAUUGAAUCCACCACCCAUGAUGGUGGACUACCCAGAGUGCUUUGUGUAGAGGGCCAGUUUGCAUGUCGGUCAUUUGGCUGUGUGGACUCGGCACAGGUGUGUGACGGCAGAAAGGACUGUUUGGACGGGUCAGAUGAAGAUCGCUGUGGCACCACAGCCAGACCAGCCGUCACUCCCCUGAGCCCACCACUGCCCAGCCCCUGCUCUGUGAAGCAGUUUUCCUGUGUCAGUGGGGAGUGUAUUCACCUGGACCGCAGGUGUGACCUGCAGAAGGACUGUGUGGAUGGAUCAGAUGAAAAGGACUGUGUGGACUGCAUUAUGUCUCCUUGGACGGCUUGGAGUGCGUGCAGCGUAUCUUGUGGUCUAGGCUCCUUAUUUCGACAGAGGGACAUUCUGAGGGAGGCUCUGCCGGGCGGGUCCUGUGGUGGAGCUCAGUUUGAUAGUCGGGCCUGUUUCCCCAGAGCAUGUCCAGUGAAUGGCCACUGGUCAGAGUGGACAGAGUGGUCCAAGUGUGACGCUCAGUGUGGAGGAGGUGUCCGGCAGAGGAACAGAACCUGCUCUGCACCUCCUCCAAAGAAUGGAGGACAGGACUGUGAGGGCAUGAGCCUGCAGAGUCAGAGCUGCAACAGCCAGCCCUGCACCAAGGACACGGGCACACAGACGGGCUGCGUGAACAACAUGGUUCUAGUGACUGAAGCAGACUGCCAGGCUGGGAGGAUUGAGCCCUGUCCUCCUACCUGCUCACAUCUCAGCUCAACCAGCAACUGCACUGAGGCGUGUGUACUGGGGUGUCGCUGUCCUGAUGGUUUGUUUCUUCAGGGUGGGCGAUGUGUCAAUGCCAGCCGAUGUGUCUGUGUGUGGAACGGUCAAACGUUGCAGCCAGGACAGAUGAUCAUCAAAGACCGCUGUACCACCUGUGUGUGCCAAGAUGGAAAAGUUACCUGUGACUCGUUCAGAUGUGUGGCAGUGUGUAAUUGGUCAGCCUGGUCGUCAUGGUCACCGUGUGAUGUAACCUGUGGUGUGGGGCUACAGCAGCGCUACAGGUCUCUGGUGAACCCACCUGGAGCAACCAGAGUCCAGCCUUGUCCAGGGGACACCUCAGAGGCCCGUCGUUGCUCCAGCCCAUGCCUUCCUGUUCAACCAGAUGGAGUCUGGAGUAAAUGGACUGGCUGGUCAGAGUGCAGUAAAACAUGUUUUAAUCAUGUUGACGAUGUUGGAAUCAGACGACGAUUUCGCAGCUGCAACCACACGAUGACAUCCUUCAACCACACACACGCAGACUCUGCCUGUGGUGGAGAAAGCGAGGAGCAGGAGCCUUGUAACACGGUGCACUGUCCAGUGCACGGCAGCUGGUCAGAAUGGUCAUCGUGGUCUCAGUGUUCAUCAGAGUGUGAUUCUGGCGUCCAAACAAGAGAGCGAUUCUGCAAUUCACCCCCACCUCAGCAUGGAGGCAACAGCUGCUCUGGACCACACAUACAGACAGGAGACUGCAAUGCCCACCCCUGCUCAGGUGUUUGUCCAGAGGGCAUGGUGUACAUGACAGCAGCAGACUGUGAGGCUCACGGCGGAGCGUGUCCUCGCGUGUGUUUGGACAUGACCUCCACAGAGGUUCAGUGUGCCACCUCCUGUUAUGACGGCUGCUACUGUGCCCUGGGCUUUUACCUGCUCAACAGCAGCUGUGUGCCCUUGGCGCAGUGCCCGUGUUACCACCAGGGGGAGAUGUAUGCUGCUGGCGCCUCCCUGCCUGUUGAUUCCUGCAAUAACUGUACCUGCGUCAAUGGAGAAAUGGAUUGUGGGACAGCCCCCUGCCCUGUGGACUGUGGCUGGAGCAGUUGGACCCAGUGGAGCGCUUGCAGUCGAACAUGUGAUGUCGGCGUGAGAAGGCGGUAUCGCUCAGGAACAAAUCCUCCUCCGGCUUUUGGGGGUCAGCCCUGCAAAGGCGACAGAGUUGGGAUCGAUACCUGCAGCAUUGAACCCUGCUUUGGCGUGAAGGAGCCAUGGAGCGCAUGGUCAGCGUGCUCAGUGACAUGUGGGGGAGGAUACAGGACUCGAACCCGUGGGCCCAUCAGAGUCCAUGGGACUGCUCAGCAGUUCAGUGCCUGCAACCUGCAGCCCUGUGGAGAUGGCAGAGUGUGUCCUCCAGGCCAGAAGUGGAAGCAGUGUGUUCAGGGAGCGGUGUCCUGCACAGAUCUGACUAUGGACAUAAGCAGGAACUGCACACCUGGCUGCCAGUGUCCACAGGGGACAGUGCAACAGGAUGGUGCAUGCGUGUGGGAGUCUGACUGUCGCUGUGAUGUUGGUGGAGAGUCGUACAAACCAGGAGACACCGUCCCUGUUGACUGCAACAGCUGUACAUGUGAAGGAGGGAGGCUGGUCAACUGUUCUCAAGUCAGCUGCAAUGUUGAUGGCCACUGGUCUGCAUGGACUCCGUGGGGUCAGUGUUCGGUAUCCUGUGGAGCAGGUCUCCAGUCUCGAUACCGGUUUUGUUCCAGCCCUCAGCACUCAGGCAGCGGUCUUCCAUGUCUGGGUCCUCACAGAGAAGAUCAAGUCUGCAUUAACCCUCCAUGUGACCGGGACGGUGGCUGGGGUCAGUGGACUAACUGGACCGAGUGUACAAAGUCUUGUGGAGGGGGUGUUCAAAGCCGGAGGAGAGAGUGUGACAGUCCCAGUCCUGAUGGGGACGGGAAUUACUGUGAAGGUCUGGGAAGUGAAGUCAAAGCCUGCAACACGGUCCACUGCCCAGUGGCUCCAUGCUCACAGGUUCCUGGCACAGUGUUCAGUAGCUGCGGCCCCUCCUGCCCUCGCUCCUGUGAGGACCUGACUCACUGUGAGUGGCAGUGUGAGCCAGGGUGCUACUGUACAGAGGGAAAGGUCCUGUCUGCUAAUGGGACGGUGUGCGUGGAGAGAGAGGACUGUCCCUGCCUGGACCUCAGUACUGGACUCACACUUGAACCGGGGGAGACCACUACAGCCCCUGAUGGAUGUAACAACUGCACUUGUGAGGGAGGGAGGCUUAACUGCACCAGGAGCCCCUGUCCAGUGUCUGGUGGCUGGUGUGAGUGGUCAGAGUGGACUCCGUGCUCCAGGACAUGUGGGGCCGAGUCCGUAUCUCGCUACAGAAGCUGCGGCUGUCCAGAGCCAAAGGCUGGAGGAGCUGCCUGCUCUGGAGAACAAGAGAUACACAAUGGGAUUGGAGUUCAAAUCCAGAGACAGCCCUGUCCUGUCAUCACCUUCUGUCCAGUCCAUGGAUCAUGGAGUCCCUGGUCAUCGUGGUCCGAGUGUGAUGGGUGUGCCGGAUCGUCCUCUCGCACCAGGCAGUGUAACAGUCCCCCGGCCAGGUUUGGUGGUCUGCCCUGUCUAGGAGAGAGUAGGCAGAGGCGGGGAUGCCAUGACAAUGUGACUGUUUGUGCAGACUGCGGCGGUGGUCAGGAAGAUUGGCCUUGUGGGAAGCCCUGUCCUCGCUCCUGCUCAGAUCUCCAUGGUGACACUGAGUGCUUGGACUCCCCUGGGUGCCAGAAGACCUGCGGUUGUCCGGGUGACACGGUUCUGCAGGAUGGAGUGUGUGUGCCGAGGGAAGAGUGUCGCUGCAAAUACCACAAUACCUCUGCUACUGAAAUGACAUUCAGCGGGCUGGACUCCACUAAUGCAUCAUGGGUAUGGCCUGGUGGAUCUGACUGGCAGUUUGCAUAUCCAGGAGAUACAAUCAUCAGUGACUGCAAAAACUGCUCCUGCGAGGCGGGGGUUCUCCAGUGUCAGUCAGUCCCUGGUUGUCAUGUUGAUGGCGGCUGGAGCCAGUGGGGGGCCUGGUCUGAGUGCUCACUCCCAUGUGGAGGAGGAGUGAAGUUCAGGAGACGCCACUGUAAUAACCCGUCUCCUCAGAGUGGUGGGAGGGGCUGUUUGGGAGUCGCUGAGCAGCAGAAAGACUGCAACAUACACCUGUGCACAGAAUCAGUAGGUCCAUGGCUCCCCUGGUCUAAGUGGUCCAUGUGUUCAGUCAGCUGUGGAGGAGGACAGCAGUCACGCUUUCGUCUCUGCAGCUCUCAACCCUGCAGCGGCCUGAGCCGCCAGAGCAAGACGUGCAACACCCAGGUCUGCCUCGAAGUGGGCUGCCCUCCUGGCAGGUUGUAUAGGGAGUGUGAGCGAGGUGAAGGCUGUCCAUUCAGCUGCGCUCAGGUCAGCGGCAGGGAGGGAUGUUACUCUGAUGGCUGUGAGGAAGGCUGUCACUGCCCACCAAACACCUACCAGCACCACGGAGCCUGCCUGCAGGAGUGUCCGUGUUUGGUGGACAGAGAGUUUCUGUCAUCUCUGCAGAGUGUUUCUGUCACACCAGUCUCAUCUCUGCUCCUCCAUAACAUCUCUGAGGGAGCAGAGCUUCAACCUGGAGACACAGUGGCUCAUGACUGCAGCACCUGCACCUGUGAGCAUGGCAGGUGGAACUGCUCUUUAGAGUACUGUCCAGUGGAUGGGGGUUUGUCACCAUGGGGCUCCUGGAGCUCCUGCUCCCUGUCUUGUGGAGGUUUAGGACUGAAAACUCGCUCCAGGGGCUGCACACAGCCCGCACCAGCCCACGGAGGGAGAGACUGCAAGGGGCCACGCCAGGAAACCACCUAUUGCCAGGCCCCAGACUGCCCAGUGAUUGUUGGCCCUACAGAAGAACCGACUUUACCAGAUGAAGAUGCUGGGUUCUCCCCCUGGUCUUUAUGGAGUCCCUGCUCUAAGACAUGCACCGAUGCUCUGAACCCGGCCAUGAAAUCCCGCCAUAGACAGUGUGUGAAACCUCCCUGCUCUGGAAGCUCUCAUCAAGAGAAGGCCUGUAACCUACCCCAGUGUCCAGAUGGAGGGGAGGUGUGCGUCGGAGCCGACUGUGCACAGAGGAACUGUACUUGGACUGAAUGGGGGGAGUGGACUUCCUGUUCACGGUCCUGUGGAGUGGGUCAGCAGCAGAGGAUCCGAACCUUCCUCAGCCCAGGGACUAACGGCUCCUGGUGUGAAGACAUCCUGGGAGGAAACCUGGAGCAUCGAUUCUGUAACAUCAGACCCUGCAGAGUGGAUGGGGGCUGGUCCCGCUGGAGUCCCUGGUCCCGCUGUGAUAAGCGCUGUGGUGGUGGGCGCUCCAUACGCACCCGCUCCUGCUCCAGCCCUCCACCCAAAAAUGGUGGCAAGAAGUGUGAAGGAGAGAAGAACCAGGUCAAACCAUGCAACACCAAACCCUGCGAUGAGAAAGGAUGCCCACCGGGCCAGGAGUUCGUCUUGUGUGCCAACCAGUGUCCACAGCGCUGUGCAGACCUCCAGCAGGGAAUCGAGUGCCAGAGCAACAACGAAUGUCAGCCCGGCUGUCGCUGCCCUAAAGGCCAGUUACAGCAGGACGGGACGUGUGUUCAGCUGUGGCAGUGCGACUGUGUGGACUCACUGGGACAGAUCUGGGCGGCUGGCAGCUGGCAUCAGGUGGACUGUAACAACUGUAGCUGCUCUGAUGGACAGCUGCUCUGCACCAAUCACAGCUGCCAGCCAUCGUGCGCUUGGAGCUCUUGGUCCAGCUGGGCAUCCUGCAGUGUUUCCUGUGGGCAGGGCCAAAGAACCAGAUACAGGUCUCUGAUCCCAGAGAGUGAAGGAGCAGAUUGUCAGUUUGAGGAAGUCCAGCAUAAAACCUGCAACCCAGGACCUUGCCCACCUCUCUGUCUGCAUGGCAACCGGGAGCUGCAUGUGGGUGAUACCUGGCUGCAGGGCGAGUGUAAACAAUGUACAUGCACACCAGAGGGAGAUUACUGCCAAGACAUUGACUGCAGAGUGGAUGGUGGUUGGACCCCCUGGUCAGUGUGGUCUGACUGCUCAGUGACAUGUGGUCAGGGAACACAGGUUCGAACCCACGCCUGCAUCAAUCCUCCUCCACGUAAUAAUGGCUCACAAUGCAGCGGUCCAGAGAGAGAAACACAGGACUGCCACACUCCUCCAUGUCUAGAUGACCUCUGCCCCUGGUCGCCAUGGUCUCUGUGUUCACAGAGCUGCGGUGCUGGGUCUGUGUCACGGCGUAGGGUGUGUUUGUGUGAGGAAGGUGGAGAUGCAGCCUGUCCAGCUGAAAUUGAAGCUGAGAGGAACAGAGAGGAGACCCAGUUGUGCUACAAACAGCCCUGUCCAGGCUGUCCCAUGUCUCAGUGGAGUGUUUGGUCAAAGUGUUCCUGUGAGUCUCAGAAGCAACAACGAUACCGCGUGGCGCUCUCUCCAGCCACCAGGGGGCAACAGUGCACUCCUGUUGAAACACAGAGCAGGACAUGCAGACUGAGCCAAUGUGAUGACUGUAAAGUCCCGUUCGUGUACUCAGCAUGUGGUGUUCCCUGUGAGAAACAGUGUUCUCUGCAGGGCCAUAAGGAUCAGUGUUUAGGUGUCAGGGAGUGUACACCUGGCUGCUACUGUCCACAGGGUCUGCUGCAGCAGAACGGUACUUGUGUUCCUCCAGAGCAAUGUGGCUGCAUCCACCUGCAGGACCAAGCAUCGGGACAGCCCCCCACACCUGUAACCAUCCCUCAAGGAGGCACAGUCACCAUAGGCUGCAGUACUUGCCUUUGCCAUGAUGGAACUUUGCAGUGUGACAUGAGAGAGUGUGAAGUCAUCCUCAGUGAGUGGUCACAGUGGACUCCAUGUUCUCCCUGUGUCCCAUCAUCCUCUCUGCUGCAAAGCAACUUCCAAGAUGGACUCAUCAGCGGCAGUAGAAUGCUCUCUAUCCAGAGGCGUUUCCGGGCUUGUUUGGACCUAGACUCUGGUUUACCAGUCUCUAAAGAGGAGGAGAGCCAAUGUCAGGGACCGCUUGUGGAGGAGAGGCUCUGUCCAGAUGUGAGCAUCUGCAGAGAUCUGUGUCAGUGGAGUGUGUGGAGCGCCUGGACAGCCUGUGCAGAGCCGUGCAGCGGUGGAGUCAGACAGCGCUACAGAUGGCCCCAGGCCUCUCCUCCAGGACCGAAGUGUAGGAGUCAACAGACACAGAGCCAGAGCUGUAACACAGGACUCUGCCCAGGUGAGCGCUGUGAGGACAGGGGGCGGACCUACCAGGAGAGUUGUGCCAAUCAAUGUCCCCGCAGCUGUGCUGACUUAUGGGAGCAUGUGCAGUGUCUCCAAGGAGCCUGUCACCCAGGUUGUCGGUGUCCAGAGGGACAGUUGUUGCAGGACGGCCACUGUGUGCCGGUGACUAAAUGUCGCUGUGGAAUCCCAUCAGGCAAUGGGACACUAGAGUUUAACCCUACAGAAGAACUUGCUGUGGACUGCAACACUUGUGUCUGUGAGAAUGGGACUCUUGUGUGCACCAAACUUCCCUGUCCCGUUUAUGAGCCCUGGAGCCAGUGGAGCUCCUGCUCAGCUACCUGUGGACGCGGACAGAGGACGAGGACACGGCUCUGCCAGGACGUAGAGGGUGGCCCUUCCUGUACUGACACCAUGCAGACAGAGAGCUGUGAAGUGGUGCCAACAUGUCCAGUGGGAUGUUUCGUGAGCGAGUGGUCUCCCUGGAGUGAAUGCAGCGCCACGUGUGGUGGUGGUUUGUCAGUGCGGAACAAGACAGUCCUCAGAGAGGCUGAACCCGGUGGUGCAGCUUGUGUUGGACCACUUGAACAGCACACUGUCUGCAACACUAACAGCUGCCUGCCUGAGUGCUCCAGAGGACAAGUGUACAGUAACUGUUCAGGCUCCUGUCCAUUCAUCUGUGAGGACCUGUGGCCCCACACCCAGUGUCUUCCUGGACCCUGCACUCCUGGAUGCACCUGCCCUCCAGGACAGGUGUUACAUGAAGGCUUCUGUGUGUCCCACACUGACUGCCCUUGUUCACCCCUGUCCCUGCCGGCUGGUUUUCAAAGCUGGAACAUCAGUGAGGAUGGGGACACUGAAGCUCUGCUGCCACCUGGAACUGCCAUUCAACACCUCUGCAACACAUGCCUCUGCAGAGGAGGAGCGUUCAACUGUACCUCUGAUCUCUGUGACGUGGACUGUGAGUGGUCCAGCUGGUCGCCCUGGACUCCAUGCUCUGUAAGCUGUGGCACAGGCCAACAGCGCUCCACCAGAGUUAUCCUGCAGCCCAACCUGUAUGAAGGGGCCCCUUGUGAGGGCCCUGACCACCGCACUACUACCUGCACAGCCCUUGACUGCGCAUGUCCUGCUGGCGAGCAGUGGAGGAGGAGUGCAUCCCUGCUGUGCGAGAGGAGCUGUGAGGACAUUUACUCUCCUCCUGUCAACUGUACCCACUCCGGCGAAGGCUGCGUGUGUCAGGACGGGCUUUAUCGAAACACAGAGGGAGUGUGUGUCAUUCCAGCUCUCUGCCCCUGCCAUGACCAGGGCGUCCUGCGAGAGGCGGGAUCAGAGUGGGACGAGGGCUGUCAGACAUGCCGCUGUCUGAACGGGAAAAAACUGUGCCAGUUAAGAUGUCCGCCGCUCCACUGUGAUGAGGGGGAGGUCAAAGUGGAGGAGCCUGGCAGCUGCUGUCCAAUCUGUAGAAAGCAGUUUCCAGGUGAGCCUGUCCCUGAAUGCCGUCGCUACGUGCAGGUCAGGAACAUCACCAAGGGAGACUGUCGACUUGACAACGUGGAGGUCAGCUUCUGCAGGGGACGCUGUCUGUCUAGGACGGAUGUCAUCCUGGAGGAGCCCUACCUCCAGUCAGUGUGUGAGUGUUGUAGUUACCGUUUGGACCCUGACAACCCGGUCCGUUUCCUCAGCCUGCGGUGUGAGAGUGGAGAGAGUGAGCCGGUCGUCCUGCCUGUCAUACACAGCUGCGAGUGCACCAGCUGCCAAGGAGGUGACCUGUCCAGACGCUGAGCGAGUGUGUUGAGUGGGUCUGUGAACUGACUGCGUGUGUGAAUGUGUGUGAGAGCAGGAUGAGCAAGAACGCGGAGCCGAGCGAGAGCUCACCAGUGAAGCCAGCCGGGUGACGGAUGGAGAGUUUUUGGGUGGACAGACCAACGAAUGGACAGAUGAGAGGAAAACUAAAGUCUUGUAAAUGUUCAUGUUGUGCUUUAGUCUUGAGUCAUGAAAUGACUGGACGCUAGUGCUUUUAAGUUCCUGCUCUGAACAGUUGUUUAUUCUUCAGCCUGUACAGUCUUUUUCUUUUGUAUAUUUAUAGUAAAGGACCUAUGACACAAUCUCUGAGUAUUAUCUAUUUACAUCAAAAAUGUUUACUUUGUGUGUUUAAAGGUAAUGUGUAUGUAUCAACUGUCUUUUUAAAAAGUAAAUUAGG